AUGGGCCUCUCUGCCGCCGCCCCGCUGUGGGGCGCCCCGGGGCUGCUCCUUACCAUCGCCCUGCACCUGGCGCUCUCCCUGCGCCCUGCCCAGGCCUGGGCGCCGGUGCAUCGGGACUACUGCGUCCUGGGCGCCGGGCCCGCGGGCCUGCAGAUGGCCUACUUCUUGCAAAGGGCAGGGAGAGACUACAUGGUAUUUGAACGCGCCCCGGGGCCAGGCAGCUUCUUCAUGCGCUACCCCCGGCACCGCAAGCUCAUCAGCAUCAACAAGCGGUACACAGGCAAGACCAAUGCCGAGUUCAACCUGCGCCACGACUGGAACUCUCUGCUCAGCCACGACCCCCGGCUGCUCUUCAGACACUACUCUGACGCUUACUAUCCCGACGCCAGCGACAUGGUGCGCUACCUGAGCGACUUUGCAGAGCGGCUGGGGCUUCACGUGCUGUAUAACACAACCAUUGCCCACGUCACUCUGAACAAGGAUCGCGGGGCCUGGAAUGGCCAUUACUUCGUCCUGACCGACCACCGAGGCCAGGCAUACCAGUGUAGCGUCCUUCUCGUGGCCACCGGCUUGCCGGUGCCCAACCAGGUGGACUUCCCUGGCUCCGAAUAUGUGGAUGGUUAUGAGUCUGUGUCCGUGGAUCCCAAGGACUUCGUGGGUCAGAAUGUGCUGAUCCUGGGCCGGGGGAACUCGGCCUUUGAGACAGCAGAGAACAUCUUCAGUGUCACCAACUUUAUCCACAUGCUGAGCCGCUCCCGGGUCCGGCUGUCCUGGGCCACCCACUACGUCGGAGACCUCAGGGCCAUCAACAAUGGCCUGCUGGACACCUACCAGCUCAAGUCCUUGGACGGGUUGCUCGAGUCCGACCUGACAGACUUGGCCAUCGUGAAAGACCACCAGGGCAAGUUCCACAUCACUCUGAAGCUCUUCAUGGAGGCAGGCAACCAGAGUUCCGACGCCAUCCCCCUCCCCCAGGACGACAAUGACAACUUUGCCAUGCGCGUGGCCUAUGACCGGGUCAUCCGCUGCCUGGGCUGGAAGUUUGACUUCUCCAUUUUCAGCAAGUCACUCCGACUCUCUUCAGGGAGUGAACUCAGCAAGAAGUACCCCCUGGUCAGAGCCAGCUAUGAAUCCAAAGGGAGCCGGGGCCUCUUCAUCCUGGGGACUGCCAGCCAUUCAGUGGAUUACCGGAAAUCUGCUGGGGGUUUCAUCCAUGGAUUCCGAUACACAGUGCGUGCCGUCCACCGGCUGCUGGAGCAGCGCCACCACGGUGUGGCCUGGCCCUCCACUGAGCACCCCAUCACACACCUGGCCAGUGCCAUCAUCCGGCGCAUCAACGAGGCCUCUGGGCUCUACCAGAUGUUCAGUGUGCUGGCCGACGUGGUCCUGCUAAAGGAGAAAGCCACCAUCUUUGAGUAUCUGGAGGAGUUCCCCAUGCAGAUGCUGGCGCAGCUGGAGACAAUCACGGGAAGGAGGGCGAGGCACGGGCUCUUCGUCAUCAACAUGGAGUAUGGCCGGAACUACUCUGGGCCCGACAAGGACGUCUUCUUUUCUGACCGCUCUGUGGGGCACAUGGAAGACGCCUGGCUGUCCAACUUCCUCCAUCCUGUCAUCUACUACUAUAGGCACCUCCCCACCGAGCAGGAGGUGAGGUUCCGCCCGGCGGGCUGGCCGCUCCCGCGGCCCUCGGCCCUCCACCACGUGGUGGAAGACUUCCUGACGGACUGGACGGCCCCAGUGGGGCACAUCCUGCCCCUGAGGCGAUUCCUGGAGAACUGUUUGGAUACCGAUCUGCGAAGCUUCUAUGCAGAGUCCUGUUUCCUGUUCGCCCUAACACACCAGAAGCUCCCGCCCUUUUGCCAGCAGGGCUACCUGAGAACGCAGGGUCUCGUGGGAACUGAGAGCCUCCGUCAGCACGGCGUGGAGAGCGGGCUCCUGUGGGACUCUGCCAUCAUGGGCCAGCGCCAGGGGGCCAGCGAGCAGCAGCCUGGCAACCACAGGCCAGGAGGGCACCCUCUGGCUCCAGGGCCUCCGGUCUCACCUUUCAACAGCAACAAGGAGGAGCUCUGA